AUGAAAAAUCCAGAAACCUUCACCGGAUUCACUCCCAAGUUCCAAUUCACAUUCGAAAUGAAGUUCUCCACCGCUGUACUCCUCGCUCUCGCUGCCGUGGUGGUCGCGAGCCCCACCCCUGAGGUUCCUGCAUCGUUCAUCCUGACCGACGCCGAGUUCGACCACUGGCUCGCCACCACCGACGCAGAAAUCACCUACGUCGGCGAGCCAUACAACCCGCUCACCGAGCGCGACAUACUCGCCACCAGGGUCACCUACUGCAGCCAGCGCGUGUUCAACGUCUGCGGUGGCGCUUGCACGGUGUACAACGGGGGUGCGACAUGUCUUAACGCACCCAACACCAACUGCCUUGCGGCCACGAACAACGUCGGGUUCUGCGACCGUGCUGGGUGCGGCGGUAGCUGCAACCAGCUUUCGACCUGUGGGACGCGUCUUGAUGGAGGGUUCUGCUACACCCCUGCCACUCGCUCCAUCCUCGUCGGGAAUUUCUAA